AUGAAGAAUGGGUUAGUCUCGCGGUCAUUGGCGGACAUGGAGGCGGCCUCGUUCGACGCCCCCUCGUUCGACGCCCCCUCCGAGAUAACAUCCCUUGAGAAUUCCUCCAAAAAGUUAGCUGAUUCGGAACAGGAGCUGAUAUCUCUUGCACAGAAGCGCCGAGCCAAAAGAAACGCACAAGAGGACCGUGGAGACCGCUAUUAUACCAGGUCCGCUCACGAAGGUGGCAACAUUGUAGAGAGAGGAGAGUCAGACAACCGUGACGAGUCGAAGCAGCAACAUGAUCCGAACUAUGAAAAACGAAAGAAAAAAAGCCGCGUUGAUUUCGAGACUUACACACGAAGAGCAGAGUCACAUCCGGAAGGCACUCUUGCGGCUGAUCCAGACGCUUUCACUCCAAUGUUUGAGUAUGAUAAGGAUCGUCAUCCACCCUUGUUCACUGGUGGAGAUGUCUUCGAGACCAAUAGCUGGGGCCCUGUUAUUGUGGAUCUUCCAGAAGUAGACGUCAGGCAUGAACAAGAGGGCGCCAGGCGGUCUAGUUUAUACCAGCUCGCUCUUCAACACCUGCAUUUUGCCCAGGCCCCUCAAGCUCAAGCAAAGUUCGACAAACAUCACUGCCUCGAUUACAAGGACGCCUUUGGUGAGCAAGGGUGCUCUGCUUCUGGUUUGUCAAAAUCGAAAUUGGCAGAUGUCUUUGAAACUGGGACCAUGCCUCGGAAGUGUGAUGGGCUAUUGAGUGUCAACUCGGUUGAGGUCGGUAAUUUCGAGUUCAAACGUGCGAGCGCAUCAAAACUAGAAGUGGCAUGUCAGCUCAGGAAGAACAUCAAGAUCAACAAAAGCAUCUUGCUUGAGCUGGACAAGUAUGAACUGGAAUGCGAGGAUGCAGAGGAUGCUGUGUCUUCUGCGCCGAAGAAUGUUGCUGAGAUACUCGAGUGGGAACAAGUUGUCUUCCAUACUCCAACCAAAGUUGCCAAACGGCCCUCACUGCUUGACCGGCUCAAGCGUGCAAAGGAAGAGGCGGAUCAAGGCUCAUCUGAGGAUGAAGUGGAGAACUUAUUGGCCAGUGAGAAUGAAUAA